UUUUGGCAGGAGAGAGUCUUGGUGGCAAAGGCAGGGGAACCAUGGCGGCAGGGUCCCGGGGUCCACGUCCGCUUGUCCUGGGCCUGCUGCUGUGCGCACUGAACCCCCCUGUGUCCCAGGGUGGGAAGCUGUUGUUGGUCCCAGUGGACGGCAGCCACUGGCUGAGCAUGCUCGGGGUCGUCCGGCAGCUGCACCAGAGGGGACAUGACAUAGUGGUCCUAGCUCACGAGGCCUCCGUGCACAUCAAAGAAGGAGCAUUAUACACCUUGAAGAGGUACCCUGUGCCAUUCCGAAGGGAGGACGUGGAAGAGGCUUUUAUCAGACUUGGGCACGGUGUUUUUGAGAAAGAGCCUUUGCUGCAGCGUGUGGUCAAAACGUAUAAGAAAGUCAAGGAGGACUCUGCCCUGCUUUUGUCUGCCUGCUCCCACUUACUGCACAACAAGGAGCUAAUGGCCUCGCUCGCGGAAAGCAACUUCGAUGCUGUGUUGACAGACCCUUUCCUCCCUUGUGGCCCCAUCGUGGCCCUGUACCUGGCUCUGCCUGCCGUGUUCUUCUUGAAUGCGCUGCCGUGUGGCCUAGAUUUUCAAGGUACCCAGUGUCCCAACCCACCAUCCUAUGUGCCCAGGGCUCUGUCCCUUAACUCAGAUCACAUGACCUUCCUACCGCGGGUGAAGAACAUGCUCAUUUUCUUGUCAGAGAGCUUUCUGUGCAAUGUGGUUUAUUCCCCGUACGGACCACUUGCCUCAGAAGUCCUUCAGAAAGAUGUGACUGUCCAGGACCUGAUGGGCUCUGCAUCUCUCUGGCUUCUCAGAAGUGACUUUGUCAAGGAUUACUCCAGGCCCAUCAUGCCCAACAUGGUUUUUGUUGGUGGGAUCAACUGUGCCAGCAAAAACCCACUGUCCAAGGUGUGUAUUUGAGGGGGAACUUUACAAGUCCAUAUCCUUGCAAGUACUUUGGAUGGAUGAACUUGCCCUCGAUAUAUGCUGAAUGAGCAUGCUGAAAUAGUCUCAAAUGCCCUCUUUCGUUAGUUUCUACCUUACAAAUCUCCCAGGUCUGGGUUGUAAUUUAUAUGUCUUAGCCAUCCUCUUCUGGGUUAUUUCUUUGUAUGGGACACUUUAGGAAAGUAUACUUCGGGCAUUUUCUUCUGUGUGCUCCAGUGAACAGUAAUCAGUUAGCUGCGACAAAGGUUAAUUGUCAUAAGCACAGAGCAAUGAGCGUAGGGAUCCUUGCAGAGAACACAAAUUUGCAUGCACCUUGCCCUUGACUGGGUCAGACACACAAGGGUCAAGACUGCUGAAAUAAUUCUUUGACAUCUAUGGGUCCUGAUGGCAAAAGUUGCUUUUAUGUUUCUGGUUAAAGAUCCAGUUGCUAGAUAUUCUGAUAGGAAGCUCGCUCCUGCGGUCCCUUCUCUUCUAAUAAGUAAAUAUCAGACAAUCAGAUUCUGGCAUUGGGCAGAAAGGUCCUGAGUUUCAUUCUCUGCAAUGCUUAUGAGUUAAUUGUUUCCCAUACAGAAUUUGAGGUAUGCAAAAAAGUAGCAUUCACAUCCUCUUCCAAUCUCAACGGAGGUGAUAGAGAAUAACAGGAGAACCUCUGUCAGAUGAGGGGUUGGGAAGAAUUUUCCAAGGAGGUGACAUUUCAGUGGGCAUUCAUUUAUUUUUCAAGUAUUGGUUGAGGAUUAACUGGUAGCCCAGGUACUUUGCAGCUGCUGAGUCUGGCUCCUACUAAGGGACUGUCAUCACCCUCGGAGAGCACUGAAUCUUAUUCCCAGAGUGACUCCAACGUGAUUCACAUCUUAAAUGAUCAUGUCAUUGUCAUGGCACGGGUCUUAAAUGAUC